ACAUGCGCAGUGAGCUGUCAGUCGUAGACGUUAGAUGCUAAGGGCAGAGUCACACCUAACACAAAACAAAUGCUUCAGCUCAGUGGAAUUAUGCUGCAAUAUUUUAUGAAAGUAUUUUGUAACAGCCUGAGUCAAUUUUCAUGAAAUGGAUCAGAUAAAGACGCGGUAGAGCGACUUUGAGAAUCAAAGUUCGUGCGAGCACUCAGGUGAGCUGCAUGAUUACGGCAUUUUCAAGAAAACAAACUUUCAGAGCCGAAUCCGGUGCAACUCUGUCCAUACUCCGUCCGGAUAUCUGCACAAAAUCAAGUAAAACAUGUGAAAAGCCUUUUGUCCGUGGUCGCAAACAGCAUGUACGUAUCAUGAAAGCUAGCUUGGCUAGCAGUGUUUCCAACGUUAAAAUGACGGUUCGUGCCAGCAGUGCUUCGCCGAGGCCAUGUUCUUCAGCGCGCCGGACCCUAGGUGUGUCUGUUGCAUUUGAGUCAGCGUUGCCCACGCAAAUUUGGCAAGCCUCUCCCAAUCCAUCUCCACCGCUAACAAAGGAAAACAGUACACGAUGCAGUGGUCGAAUGGUUUCUUCAGUAUCUAACGAAAGGAAGGUCUUUCUACACGAUAGACGAAUCUCCAAACGGCUGCACAACGCGAGAAUUACGAGGCAUCCGUUAAAUGAAUGGAUUUCGGACGUGGAAAUGGACGGUAGCAGCGAUGAUACAGACUGUUCAUUCGCACACAACCUUUCGGAAAGCAGCAACUCUAGUAACAACGAAUACGGUACCGAUUCGAAAUGUCACAACAUCAUAGCAAGCAGCAGCACAACUACUGGAACCACAGACAGCAACUCCAGUUUGGAUAUUCAGUCAGCACAACAGGAAUCAAUUUCUCUGAUGGAAGCUUUGGUCCCAAUGAGCUUGGAUCAUGAGUUGAAGGAACGAGAGUAUUCGACACGGAAUGAAUACAAGCGCCGUGCGGCAAUUGCAAAUGAUGCGAGCAGCAGUAGUACCACAAGCGAUGAGGAUUUGGAGGCCAUGGGUUGGGAUGAGAAGACUAUCCUGGCACUGGUAAAUAGGGGUAAGGGUCGGUCACUUCAAGCUCAUGCAUUACAUUCACAAGCUGGACAACAGAUCUUAUCAGACGUACACAGCCUACCAUCAAGCUCUUCCAAGACGAACACGGGGCACAAAAAUAGGCGUUUUGCAACAGGUUCCCAAACGCAUGCACUUCCUCUUAAGGUUGAACGUGAUCAGCACACCCAAGUGUACGGACCGGUCAUUCACCCGAACUCAUGUGUGCUUAGUCGACGAGAUCGUGGACAGUUGAGUAGGAAGCAACUCCUUUACAGAAAUAAUUCUUACGGUGGACCUAAAUCUAUCUCACAGAAUAUGAUAUCUGAUGUCUUAGCGAUUGUGCUACAAAGCUAUAAACCCCCAUCUGGUUGGGAACAAGAGUACAACGUUCUUUCUGUACGCAGAGGUGAUUACGUCUCUGUUCUCAACCAACUUGGGUGCAAUGCCAUAUGGGGAAAAAUGUUAAGUUCCAACGCGAUUGACAAUCCACCACCAGGAUUAAACCUAAAAGAAAAGUGUGAAUCACCUAAGGCAUAUGCCUGGGUUUACGUUAGAAGGUGGUGUGUGGAUCACUUGGUAUCAACUGGACCACCAGGCUACAUUCCUGCUCAAUAUUGUAAACCACUGUCAGAAGUGGAUGCGCUUAAUCUGUGGCAAAGAAGUCUACAAAGAAAGGUCUUUCAGCGGCGACUAAUGAGUGUACACACAUAUGCGUCCAAGAAAUCAACGGAUGUUUCUGAGAGGUGCACAAUACACCAACCGUUUGAUCGUUUCGAGUUAUCUGAAUUGUCAUUUGACCUGUCAAAAAUUGACAUACAACCGAUAAGUCAAAGGGAGAAGUGUAAGCUACAUCAACUAGUUCCUCAGCGAAUUCCGUCGAAUCAGUACUCUAUCGGUGACUCGGACGUAUCCCCACGUGAGACGCUGCUUUACGAUCCAUCUGGGCUGCCACCACCUCCACCGGGAUUUGGUUCAGGUGGAUCGAUUGGCUCUGAAACUGAAGACAAAGAUUCUGGAAGGGGUCCUAGUUCCGGAUCUGAGUGGAGUAGUGGGCGCGGAUGCAGUUCAAAUACAACGCUCAACUCAGCAACCGUUGACAGGAUGAUGAUUUUAGAGAAACCCAAUGGACUGUGUUCAGAUAAACAAGCAGAGGAUAGCCGAAUAAAAUGGAACUCGCGCCAGUGCCCCGUUUUCUCUGGCGAUCAUAACUCUGCCCAAGAGGAUGAUGGUGUGCACUUCCAAAGAUAUGAAAUCCGAGGUUCAUCUGCAAACGAAGAAUUCUCUCAGCAGUUGGUGGAACAGACUGUUCAACUCCCGAAAGACACAUAUCCCAACCGUGACCAAUCAUCAUAUUUUCCAGUUUCCAUUGCCCUGAGCACAUGUGUGAAUUGCAAGCCUGUGUUGUCGCUGAAGGCAAACGGUACUUCAACUUCAGUUGCAACAGGCGUACACGGUGAAUCCCGGCCGAUGCGAAAUGAAUCGACUAUAAACCCGGGAACUUUUGGAAUAACUGAUAUGCAUCUGUCGGAUCGAGAGGUGAACCAGGUUGGUGCAGAAAACUGCAUAGAAUCGGCAUGCUGGGAACCGUACAAAACAGUGAUCCACGUAAAAGAAAAUACACUCGAAAAAUUCACUUUGGUGUAAAUAGAAUACGAUAAUCUAAUUUUACUGACAGCCCUGCGGCAAGUCUGAGAGCUCAGGUGUACAAAUAAUUUAAGAUUUCACUGAAAUUUGAAACAAAUCGAGUUUCCCUAUGUACAUUAUUGCUGCUAAUGAGUUUAUUGAAGAUAAACGAUUCACCAAGCAACUGCAUUUAUUUCCAAAUGCCACGCUAAAAGAUUCCAAAUGUUGUCUUUUCUAAUCUGAAAAUGCAUCUUACCACUAUCCU